CUACGGGUAUUUGCAGAAGACCACAGAUACAAUAAAGUGCCACCGAAUACAUUUUGGAAAUUCAUACGAAAGAUGCUUAUAGAAAUGAUUAUAUACUGUUUGUUUUCCAACUGUAUUUUACGAAGUAAAUUAUAGGAAUAUGUUGUACAAAAAGUUGUGUAUAAAAUGGUUAUAAAUGUUAAGAUUCCAUUUUUGGUGAUUUAUGGAUGAUAACGGUACAUUUAUGCGAAACUUAACCUGAGUCGUAGACUUAGGCGUAAUCUAGUAAAAGAUGAUUCCUAUAAAUAUAUUAGAACUAUUGUUUGCGUUAAUGUCCAUUGCAAGUACUAUAGUAAUGAUUUUUGAAAAGUUUCUACCAACUUUUUUUAAACAAGCCAUUCGAUAUGGCAAGUUUGCAUAUCGUGGUCCGUCAUCGAAGCUUGCAGUUGAAGUCCCAAAAUCUUGGUUUCGCCAUUUUUAUAUCUACUCAUCAGUUCUUACAAUGUUUACCUUAGAUAUUGUAGUUCGUGUUUACUUUUUUGAUGCAUUUCCUCCAAAAUGGAUAGUGAGAUUAUUAGAUGUGGUAGUAGAUCCUCGAAGAAUUGCAGUGGUUACUCCAACUUCAACACUACUGGCUAUGUUUCUUCUUACGCUGCAGUGUUUAAGAAGAGUGUAUGAGACUCAUUUUGUGUCUGUGUUUGGAAUAAAUAGUCGAAUGAAUCUUGCACAUUACUGUAUUGGAUAUAUCCAUUAUACUGGUUGUAUCUUAUGCAUCUUGAGUUCCGCUCCAAAAUUUGGACAACAUGCUUACAGGUAUCCACUGAUACAACUGACUGAUUUGUCAUUUUUUGAUAUUAUUGCUACAUUAUUAUUUUUUUGGGCUUGGUUUCAUCAGUAUAAAACAACAGUCAUUCUUGGAAACUUAAGAAAAAAUGAGAGAGGAGAGGUAAUAACUCAGAAGCAUAGAUUACCUGAGGGCGAUUGGUUUAAUUAUGUGGCUUCUCCCCAUUUGCUUGCUGAAAUUUUGAUGUACAUUUCUUUAACUAUGAUACUGUGGCAAAACACUUCAUGGUUAUUUAUUUCUGCAUGGGUAUUGGUUAACCAGAUACAAACUGCUUUACUAAGUUUUUGGUGGUACAAAAGUACAUUUCCAAGCUUUCCAGAAAAUCGUAAGGCAAUUAUUCCGUUCAUUUUGUAAAUACAAAGUAUUUUCUAUGUUCAUUCAAUGUGACUCCAAUAUUAGGCUUUAAAAGAUACAUAUAUUUUUAUAUACUAUUGAAAUAAAAUACUAUUGUUUAUUA